GCGCGCUUCGCAUGCAUCUACCACUUCCUCUUCUUCUUCGUUUUCUACGUCUUUCUGUCUGUCUGUCUAUAUUGUAUUGUUUGCUUGCCUUGCUCGUUUGUGUCAUCUUCUCCGCCUUCAAAUUCACUAUGGCAACUUCUGGAUGCGGCAAGCCCGGUUGCCCCUGCGGCAGCGACUGCCAAUGCAACUCUGGAUGCUCGAGUUCUUUGACCGAUGAGAGAUUGGAUUGGGGCUCGGGGCUUGGGGGUGACGGUGCUGCAGGACUUUGGUGAACUUCAACGCAGAGAAUGAUUGCAAGUGCGGCCCCAACUGCAACUGCGCCGACUGCGCAUGCCACAAGUGAGCCAUCGAUUUGGCUGCCUUAGUGAGGCGACUCCCUUGCGAAGACACGGGGUAGAUGCUUCAGGCGGGAAGGGUAGUCCUGCUGGAUUUCUUACAUCUUUGCAGAUUAUCAUGAAAAAUCCCCCAAAAAAUAGCAUGACUAUCCGUGUUGGGUUGCACAAGGAUAUGAUAGAGGCAGUUAUGUUUUAAUAAUUUGUUGCGGACCCAUGCUGGUUCCUCGCUACUGUUGUGUAUCCAAGUGUUUACAACUGAUGAAUUGGCAUAUCGUGUGAUUUUUGUGUCUA